AUAGGGAAGCAACAGUUCUCAACCCUCCCGCGAGCGGUGACUGCCAACCAGCAAGCCAGUGACACUCCCCCCAUCGACCUACGACCUACGUAUUUCUAUACCCGCAUUUUUGGAGUAUUGUAUUGUAUUUCAACUGAAUUAACUGUCAUCGGAUCAUAAGCCCCAAAAUCACUGCAGGCGGAAGGUUAUUUCUUCAACAUUUGAAAAGGGUUCGGAUCCAUCAGAGCAGAUCCGAUUCCACCGAGAGUGCGAGAGAGAGGGUUUGAGGCAGGGCCAAUGUCGGGGGAUCCGACUAUGGAAUUGUUGCAGGAAUCGGGUUGGGAGGAGCUCCGGAAAGAAGCUCGCAAGAUCGAAGGGGAUCUCGACGUCAAGCUCUCCUCUUAUGCUAAACUCGGGGCCAGGUUCUCCCAAGCAGGUUAUGUGGAAACUGGUUCCCCAACAGUUGGGUCUAGCAGAUCUUGGAAGUCAAUGGAAAUGGAGAUUCAAUCUUUGCUUGAAAAGCUGCUGGACAUUAAUGAUUCCAUGAGCCGAUGUGCUGCAUCUGCUGCAUCUACUACUUCAGUUACUCAGAAAUUGGCGAGGCAUAGGGACAUACUUCAUGAGUUUACCCAGGAGUUUAGAAGAAUUAAAGGAAACAUAAACUCAAUGAAGGAACAUGCUGAGCUUCUUAGUUCUGUGAGAGAUGAUAUUAGUGAAUACAAGGCAUCUGGAAGUAUGUCCCCAAGGAUGCAGUUAUUACGGGAGAGAGCUGCAAUACAUGGAAAUAUAUCUCAUAUUGACGAUGUGAUUAGUCAAGCUCAAUCAACUAAAGCUGCAUUGAGCUCUCAAAGGGCCUUGUUCGGUGAUGUACAAGGGAAAGUGAAGCUACUAAGUGACAAAUUUCCAAUUAUCCGUGGUCUAAUUGGUUCAAUCCGAAGGAAGCGUUCAAGAGAUACUCUCAUCCUUGCUGCAGUCAUUGCAGCUUGUACUCUAUUUCUCAUUAUUUAUUGGCUUUCAAAAUAAACUUGAGAAACCCUUGGUGACACACUGAGAUGAGAAAGGUAAUAUUUUGCAAGGAAUUUUGGUGAAGCAAGCCGUGUAUAAAGCUUGUGUUUCUUUUCUGCAGUCCUCACAUAUAGUCCUCUGAUGCUCUUUUUACGAGACUCUGCUGUUGAUAAGCCCAAUUGCGGGUGAAUUAAAUUAGUUGUACACCCAACAUCGGUGCAUUGAUUGUGGGAAUCAUAAGAAGGCUGUAUAUAGUCAUGCUUUAGGAUGUCGUCUGCUUUCAGAACUGAUGGUUUCAAGUAUCGUCUUCAUUUCGUUCUUA